GACUGCUGCCAUUGUACUCUUUGAAGUCCUACCAAAAAUUGCUGGAUUCAGUCUGUGGAAGUGAUUGUGAUGCCUUCAAAAUUCUGAAAGAUUUUAAAGGGUAACCCAAGGAGCAGGUCCCCAAGGCAUGCCAUGGACUGCUAGCAUGAAGGCUGAUGGUGCCCUCUGGAGGAAAUUUGGGGGCAUUGCAGAAGCCAGGCUGGAAUGGAGAACAUUUUGUUCAGCUCACUUAGGAGACCCAGUAAAAGCAGAAUCACAGAAAUGGGAGGAGAGGACAAAGAUACUCAGAGAGAAAAAGUAAAGGACAGAAGAAGGAGACUGGACAGACCAGCAUCCUUCCAGCUGAACAAAGUCAGCCGCAAAGCAGACUAGCCAGCAGGCUACAAUUGGAGUCAGAGUGCCAAAGACAUGGGCUUGUUAGAGUGCUGUGCAAGAUGUCUGGUAGGGGCCCCCUUUGCUUCCCUGGUGGCCACUGGAUUGUGUUUCUUUGGAGUGGCACUGUUCUGUGGAUGUGGACAUGAAGCUCUCACUGGUACAGAGAAGCUAAUUGAGACCUAUUUCUCCAAAAACUACCAGGACUAUGAGUAUCUCAUUAAUGUGAUUCAUGCUUUCCAGUAUGUCAUCUAUGGAACUGCCUCUUUCUUCUUCCUUUAUGGGGCCCUCCUGCUGGCCGAGGGCUUCUACACCACUGGUGCAGUCAGGCAGAUCUUUGGCGACUACAAGACCACCAUCUGCGGCAAGGGCCUGAGCGCAACGUUUGUGGGCAUCACCUAUGCCCUGACUGUUGUAUGGCUCCUGGUGUUUGCCUGCUCUGCUGUGCCUGUGUACAUUUACUUCAAUACCUGGACCACCUGUCAGUCUAUUGCCUUCCCUAGCAAGACCUCUGCCAGUAUAGGCACUCUCUGCGCUGAUGCCAGAAUGUACGGUGUGCUGCCAUGGAAUGCUUUCCCUGGCAAGGUUUGUGGCUCCAACCUUCUGUCCAUCUGCAAAACAGCUGAGUUCCAAAUGACCUUCCACCUGUUUAUUGCUGCCUUUGUGGGUGCUGCAGCCACACUAGUUUCCCUGCUCACCUUCAUGAUUGCUGCCACUUACAACUUUGCUGUCCUUAAACUCAUGGGCCGAGGCACCAAAUUCUGAUCUCCUGUAGAAACUCCCUUCUGUCAAAUAGCGAGGCUCUAACCACACAGCCUAAAGUGUUGUGUCUCUUAUCUUAACUCUGCCUUUGCCACUGAUUGGCCCUCUUCUUACUUGAUGAGUAUAACAAGAAAGGAGAGUCUUGCAGUGAUUAAUCUCUCUCUGUGGACUCUCCCUCUUAUGUACCUCUUUUAGUCAUUUUGCUCCACAGCCGCUUCCUGCUAGAAGUGGGAAAUGCCUGAGAAGAUGAUUCUCCAGCUGCAAGUCAUAGAGGACUGAAAACUCUAAGUCAAUUUGGGAGCAUCUCCUGAAGUCCAGGAUGUACUUCCUUCUCAAAGGGCAUUUCCAUUGAGAAAAACAAAGUGGAAAGAAAGAUUCUCACAGAGAGCACAGGAAUGUCCUUGGUCUCCUUGCCAUCAAUAGGAGCCAAAUAUAUUAUUCUCCUUGAUGCACGAAACCAAGAACUCACUCUUAUCUUCCUAUUUCCACUGAAGACAGAAGCAAACGAAAGAAUGCUAGCAAAGCAAUAGCAUUUGCCCAAAUCUGCCUCCUGCAGCUGGGAGACAGGGAUCAAAGCAAGGAUCUUUCACCCUUAGAAAGAGAGCUCUGACCCCAAUGGCAAUGGACUAUUGAAACCCUAACUCAGGCAGCCUUACUUACUGCAUAAGGGAGCACAGUGUCUGUGUAGACAAAGGGAGCAAAUCUGCCCUUACACUUCAUUAGGAAGAGAAACAGUGUUGUCAGGAUCUUCUCACUCCCUUCUCCUUGAUAACAGCUACCAUGACAACCCUGUGGUUUCCAAGGAGCUGAGAAUAGAAGGAAACGAGCUUUCAUGAAAUAAGACUGUGACUUAAGAGCAGCAGUUGGUGGAGGCUAAAGGUAUAACUUAAGAUGGCCUUCGGGUAGAUGCAAGAUAGUUAACUCUUUGGAUAGCAUAUCUGUUUUUUUCUGUCAAUUAAUUGUGUCCUCUGGCCUCUGCCAUAUCUUCACAAUGGUGCUCUUUUCCUGGGGUUUUAUUCAUUCACUCAUAGCAGGUGAUUUGAAGAUCUUGAUUAGUUUGAUAAUGAUUCAUUUUCCAAUUGUUCAACUCUCUCUUAUUUGGAAUUAGAAAGGGAUGGAGAAUGAUUUUUGAUUAUUGUUUUUU